AUGAUAACUGUUACCCAUGCUAUAAAACAACGAUUUCCUGAUGUUUUGGUCAUCCCUGUUUUGGGUAAUUAUGAUAUGGAAGGCGCUAUUUCAUUUCCUGAUGAUGCAGAACAAUUAGGGAUGUAUCGAGAUAUUUAUUAUCUUUGGGAGGGAUGGAUUGGCGAUGAACCUGGGGAAACUUUUUUGCGUGGUGGAUAUUAUUAUUUUAAAUCUCCAUUGGACGGAUCUGAAUAUUUAGUUUUAAACACAAAUAUUUAUUACAUAAUGAACAGUGCAAUUAAAGAUUUUACAAAUCCAGAAGACCCAACUGGCCAAUUUAAAUUUAUUGAAAGACAUUUGGCUGAAAUUAAAUCAAAAAAUGGAAAAAUAAAUAUUGUUGGACACGUUCCGCCUGGGGGUAGUAUUUAUGGUUACUGGUGCCAUUCCCCCCUCUGAUUUUUAGAACAUAAAGUCCGGUAAAGGGUGUGUGUGAGCCUAAUUCCUGUUGAACCUAUUGCAAUUGGAAGCAGUGGUAUUACACUCAACGUUGGCAUACUUUCUAAUUGCUGAAGCUGUUGACUCACAAGAAGAGAGUGGAAAGG